CUUAACGGCAUUACGUUUUUCAACUCGGCCGCGCAAGUAACUCAAGAAAGGCAGCUCCCGAAGGCAGCUAGAGCUACUGAAAAACACAAGUCCCCGGUCCGCGACUAAAACCAUUCAGUGUGUGACGCGAACUGCCAAUGCAAUACUCCAGCCAAAUAUUGCAGUUUCCACGAAUCUUGGCAGUUCUUGAUUGAAAUUCAUGCAAGAAAAAUAAAAUAGUGCCAGAACCAAGAAUCAAAAUAAAUGAUCUUUGAAGAGAUAAAAUACAAAGUGUUUCCGCCGAAAUAGAAAAAAAAUACAGCGGCACCGUUAGUUCCCUCUCUCGCUUUUCCCUUUUGCGCUUCUUUGCGUGAAAAGGAGAAGACACGCGAAAAGCUUCGAAUUCGCGACACUUAAAAAUAAACACACUCGAGGAAAUUGCAACAAAAAAUGUGGCGCGUGCACGUGUAGCUUGCAACAACAAAACCAGCGGCAAAACAACGAAAACGCUUAAAGCGAAUUGCAAAACCAUGUGCGACAAGUAACCAAAAAAUACACAACAUAAAAUACAAUAAACAAUUUGAGUAGUUGCCGCACACACACACACACACACAGCCCGUGGAUUAUUACACUUAAAGCGACACUCAAUCCAAAAACCAGCAACAAAAUCAUCAAUAAACAUGCAUUGGAUUAAAUGUUUAUUAACGGCAUUCAUUUGCUUCACAGUCAUCGUGCAGGUUCACAGUUCCGGCAGCUUUGAGUUGCGACUGAAGUACUUCAGCAACGAUCACGGGCGGGACAACGAGGGCCGCUGCUGCAGCGGCGAGUCCGAUGGGGCGACGGGCAAGUGCCUCGGCAGCUGCAAGACGCGGUUUCGCGUCUGCCUGAAGCACUACCAGGCCACCAUCGACACCACCUCGCAGUGCACCUACGGGGACGUGGUGACGCCCAUUCUGGGCGAGAACUCGGUCAACCUGACCGACGCCCAGCGCUUCCAGAACAAGGGCUUCACGAACCCCAUCCAGUUCCCCUUCUCGUUCUCAUGGCCGGGCACCUUCUCGCUGAUCGUCGAGGCCUGGCAUGAUACGAACAACAGCGGCAAUGCUCGCACCAACAAUCUCCUCAUCCAGCGGCUUUUGGUGCAGCAGGUACUGGAGGUGUCCUCCGAGUGGAAGACGAACAAGUCGGAGUCGCAGUACACGUCGCUGGAGUACGAUUUCCGUGUCACCUGCGAUGCCAACUACUACGGAUCCGGCUGUGCCAAGUUCUGCCGGCCACGCGACGAUUCAUUUGGCCAUUCCACCUGCUCUGAGACGGGCGAAAUUAUCUGUUUGACCGGAUGGCAGGGCGAUUACUGUCACAUACCCAAAUGCGCCAAAGGCUGUGAGCAUGGACACUGCGAGAAACCCAAUCAAUGCGUUUGUCAACUGGGUUGGAAGGGAGCUCUGUGCAACGAGUGCGUUCUGGAACCAAACUGCAUCCACGGCACCUGCAACAAACCCUGGACUUGCAUCUGCAACGAGGGAUGGGGUGGCUUGUAUUGCAACCAGGACUUGAACUACUGCACCAACCACCGACCCUGCAAGAAUGGCGGAACCUGUUUCAAUACCGGCGAAGGAUUGUACACCUGCAAGUGCGCUCCCGGCUUCAGUGGCGAUGAUUGCGAAACUGAGAUUUACUCCUGCGAUGCCGAUGUCAAUCCUUGCCAGAAUGGCGGAACCUGCAUCGAUGAGCCACCCACGAAAACGGGCUACAAGUGCCAUUGUCCCAGCGGCUGGAGUGGAAAGAUGUGCGAGGAGAAAGUGCUCACCUGCACGGAUAAGCCCUGCCAUCAGGGUAUCUGCCGUAACGUUCGUCCCGGUUUGGGGAGCAAGGGUCAGGGCUACCAGUGCGAGUGUCCCAUUGGCUACAGUGGACCGACCUGCGAACUCCAGCUGGACAACUGCAGUCCGAAUCCCUGCAUAAACGGAGGAAGCUGUCAGCCCAACGGAAGGUGUAUUUGCCCAGCGGGAUUUUCGGGAAGCAAGUGCGAGACGAACAUCGACGACUGUCUGGGUCACCAGUGCGAAAACGGAGGCACCUGCAUAGAUAUGGUAAACAAAUAUCGCUGCCAAUGUGUUCCCGGAUUCCAUGGCACUCACUGCAGCAGCAAAGUCGACUUGUGCCUCAUUAGGCCGUGUGCCAAUGGCGGAACCUGCUUGAAUCUCAACAACGAUUAUCAGUGCACCUGUCGGGCGGGAUUCACUGGCAAGGAUUGCUCCGUGGACAUCGACGAGUGCAGCAGUAAUCCGUGCCAUAAUGGCGGUACCUGCAUGAACCGUGUCAACUCCUUCGAAUGCGUGUGCGCCAAUGGAUUCCGCGGCAAGCAGUGCGAUGAGGAGUCCUACGCCUCGGUGACCUUCGAUGCCCACCAAUAUGGAGCCACCACGCAAGCGAGAGCCGAUGGUCUGACCAAUGCCCAGGUGGUGCUCAUCGCUGUCUUCUCUGUCGCGAUGCCUUUGGUGGCCGUGAUUGCGGCCUGUGUGGUGUUCUGCAUGAAGCGCAAGCGUAAGCGUGCCCAGGAAAAGGACGAUGCGGAGGCCAGGAAGCAGAACGAGCAGAAUGCGGUGGCCACGAUGCAUCACAAUGGCAGUGCCGUGGGCGUAGCUCUGGCUUCGGCCUCUCUGGGCGGCAAAACGGGCAGCAACAGCGGACUGACCUUCGAUGGCGGCAACCCGAACAUCAUCAAAAACACCUGGGACAAGUCGGUCAACAACAUUUGCGCCUCGGCAGCAGCGGCGGCGGCGGCGGCAGCGGCGGCGGACGAGUGUCUCAUGUACGGCGGAUAUGUGGCCUCGGUGGCGGACAACAACAAUGCCAAUUCAGACUUUUGUGUGGCUCCGCUGCAGCGGGCCAAGUCGCAGAAGCAGCUCAACACCGAUCCCACGCUAAUGCACCGCGGCUCACCGGCAGGCAGCUCCUCCAAGGGAGCGUCGGGAGGAGCACCGGGAGCGGCGGAGGGCAAGCGGAUCUCCGUGCUCGGCGAGGGAUCCUACUGCAGCCAGCGUUGGCCUUCGUUGGCGGCGGCGGGAGUGGCGGGAGCCUGCUCAUCUCAACUAAUGGCCGCCGCCUCGGCAGCGGGCAGCGGAGCGGGGACGGCGCAACAGCAGCGGUCCGUCGUCUGCGGCACUCCGCAUAUGUAAGGGAAAUACGGAGAAAUCCGCAUGGAGGAGCUAACAGCACACACACAAAGAAAAGACUGGGUUGGGUUCGAAAUGUGAGAGAGACGCCAAAAUGUUGUUGUUGAUUGAAGCAGUA